GGGCGGCGCUGCCCGGCGCGGCCCCGCCCGCCGCUGGCGCAGGAUGUGGCUUGGCCGUGACGCCGGGCCCAGAUGUGCUCCCGGGACACGCCCCCGCAGGGGUCCCGGCGGCUCGGAGCAGCGAUAACGGGCACAGCUUAUUCUACUGUCACCGCGCGAUGGAAGGGGUGGGGAAGCCGCGUCUUGAUCUUCUUGCCUUCUCGAAAAAGCAGCACUGACCCACGCUCCCAGCAGCGAGCUGCCACUGCCAGGAUUUACUUGCUCUUCUUUUUCUCUUCCAGUGGACUUAUAACGCCUUUUUUUUUUUUUUUUUUUUUUUUUUUUUUUUUUUUGAUUUAGGGAUAAGCUGGGUGUGAUCGUCACGAACAAAGUGUGGGUUUGAUGGCUGCUAAAUCAGCCUUUACUUCUUCAAAGAGAUCCUAAGAAAUAAGGGAAAAGUCUGCCCACAUAGUCUUUUUAAAAAGGGAAAGAGCAGUAUCGUGGGGUUGUUUUGGGUUGUGGUUUUUUUCUGUUUUGUUCUUGGGGGUUUUUUUCCCCUCUUCUGUUUGGAUUUCUUUUUAAACUUAUGAAAAAUGGCAACAGCAGCAUACGUGGAUCAUUUUGCAGCAGAGUGCCUUGUUUCUAUGUCCAGUCGUGCUAUUAUCCAUAGUCCUAAAGUGGAGGCUGAUCCCCAGCCUGAUGCAGGAACACCUCCAUCAAAUGGAGAAGAUGAGCGGGAAGUCAGAGAACCCGGGAAAGACAAUGGAUCAUCAUUACUUGUGGUAGCUGGCAUUUUAGCAGAUCUGAACCAGCAUGUCCCAAACUCACCUGCUCUAAGGAUGGAAAAAACAGAGACCUUUGAUAUCACAGAACAAAUACACAUUUCUAUCGCUCCUAAGGAGUUUGGGGAAGAACGUGUCUCUUCGGCUGGUAAGCGUGGAGGAGGAAGAGCAGCCACACCUACUAGCCUGGCUGCAGUAACUGAGCCAAGCCCCAGACAAAAGAACAAACGCACGAGAAGCUGGACUGACCCUGGAUCACCCCAGAAAAAGCACAAAUGCCACUAUGUGGGGUGUGAAAAAGUUUAUGGCAAAUCUUCCCAUCUUAAAGCUCAUCUAAGGACCCACACAGGUGAACGGCCUUUUGAGUGCAACUGGCAAGGAUGCAACAAGAAGUUUGCCCGCUCGGAUGAGCUGGCCCGCCAUUACCGCACUCACACCGGAGAAAAGAAGUUCAGCUGCCCCCUCUGUGAGAAGCGCUUCAUGCGCAGCGACCACCUGACCAAGCACGCCCGUCGCCACGCCAACUUCCAGCCCAGCAUGCUCCAGAGGCGCAGCGGGAGCGGCUCCCGAACAGGCUCUCUCAGUGACUACAGCCGCUCAGACGCCUCCAGCCCCACCAUCAGCCCCGCCAGCUCCCCAUAGACCUGCCUGCACUGGACGUCAGCACUUUGCCUCUCAUGCCUAACGUGGAGUUUUGUUUGUGUUGCACACAUUUUAAAAAAACCUCUGUCGCUUCCCGUUUUCCCCAUCCUUCCCUUUGAAAAAGGAAAAAAAAAAAUAAAAAAUCAGUAAAUAGCUGCCUCCCACUGCAAUUUCCAGUCAAAUUUUCUUUACUCAGCCACACAAGUGGCUAUUCUAACCUCAUGGACAGACAGAAAGACUUCUAUGUUCCACUUAGUGACUCCUGCUGUCUCAAUAUUUCAUGCAUUUUCCAGCCAUUUACAGAUCCUCUUGAUUAUUCUUUAUAAGAAAACGAGAAAACGUAAAAAAAAAAAAACACCAAAAAAACCAAAAACAACAAAAGAAAAAAAACCCCCAAUUCACCUCAGGUGUCAAAGCAGUUUUGCAAGACCUGAUUGUACAACAUGAGCAUACACUUACAAAUCAAUUGUGUUGGAUUAUGUCCCCCUUCUCCUUUCUCAGGGAUGGAUAUUUAUGUUACACAAUAAUUACAAGAAGACACACCCUAACCGCAGCCUUACUCUGUAAAUAUAUUUGCACUCAGAAGCUUUUUAUUAGGUUCUUUCACACACUGGGGAGAAAAAAACCAAACCAACAAUACAAAAACCCAACCAGUACUGGAAUGUAGUACCAGACUCUUUUCCUCAUUAUAUACCUGCUUUGGGGAGUGUCUAAACAGAAGUCCUGCCUUUCUUCAAGCUGCCCUCUGAUUCUGGUAGCCACCUGUCUUUUCACUUCGUGCUGAAGAUGCUCCAAAACCAACUUUGUACUGCAAAAAUCUCUGUAAGGUUGAGAGACCUUGUUUGUUUGUUUCAUACUAGAUAAAAUUCCGAGAAAAAAUUCUAAACGAUGCCUUAAGUAAAUAACCUAAAUCACGAGGAAACAUAUUUACACUGGGUAGCAUUUUAUUGCAUGGAAUCUUGGAGGCAUUCUGUCAUCACUCUCUCCAAGUUGUUAAGCUCUCUGCACUGCCUGUUCAGUAUGGGACCAAGAGAAUAUUCAAAUCAAACCACACUGACUUGAGCAAUUUUCUUUAUUCUUUUUUCCUUUUUUUAAAUUGUAUGAACUAUGGAAAUAGCAUAGCUGAACCAAUGCCCAUCAAAACUUCUAUCAAGUUACUUACCUACUGUACAGCUAUAUCUUAGCAAGACAAUUUGGCUAAGAUAGAGUUUCUGUGUUCUCUUGCAUCACAAUUGUGGUCGCUGAUAAAAGGAAGCUAAACUCAUAAGGUAUCUUCUGACUGGAAAAACAAAAUAUGCAUUUUAAAGUUUUAAAAGAAAAUGAAAUUUUAGCUCAGCACUACUACAAAUUCCUCAAAAAUAUACAUACCAGCAUAAGGUAAGGUGCUCUCACUUCUGAAUAACUGGCAAAUAACAAAAAAGGAAUCUUGGCUAGUUUCAGUAGCUUUCAAGUAUUUGACACUAGACAGAGCACUAGGAGGUAGAUUUUAAUGUUUUAUAUGGUAGAAAAUACAGCAGAAGACCAAGAGCAUUGUGAUGUACCGGAGAUCUCAUCAGCAGCAAAUACACUUUCCUUGGUUUGGCUGGGUCUGAUGGUGCAUAUCAGAAAUUCAGGUCCUUUUGAUUCUGGAAUUUUGGGGGUUUUCUUGUUUUUACUGUGGGGUAUAAAUGCAGUUCAGUGUAGCAUGGUGAAAAGAAAUUCUCUGUGCCAAACCUGUCAUUUGAUAUCACGUGAAUGCCUCCAAAUUCCAAAUGAACCUUUAUCCUACUUGCUGCUUUGCAUUGAUCCAAUUUUCCAAGUUUUUAUUGUACUGUAUAUUAACUGUGAGAGGCUAAUAUAGAUUUCCAAGUAGUUUCAUAGGUACUUUCAUAAUAUUUACAUUAUUCCUAAUACUAAGCAUUCUAUUAGUUGUAUGGAUAAAUACUUAAAGACAAUUCUAAGUGCAGAUAUUUCAGUAUUUUUUUCAUGUUUAUUUGCUUCAGAUUUCACCUCUCUAACAUCACAAUUUUACCCUUUUGAAUUGGAAUCCGUGCAUGACAAAAUUCUACUGUUUUAUUUCACAAAAAAUAAAAGAACAUUAUAAGAUUUUUUUACAAGAUGACAAA